AUCAAUUUGUUAUGGAAGAGAGGAGGGGUGGAGUUCCCCAGCAGAGUAUCAGACUGUAGCUCCCUGCAUGCCAGCAGAACGCACAGUAAGUGCUGAACACGAUGUAGGGAGACGGGAUGCAUUGUAAAUAGUUUUAUUUUUUUAAAAAGGUUUGCUCAUAAAACGUUCAUUAUCAUUGUAAACCCAAAGUCACCUUUAAUACAAAACGUUCUGUUUUAAAAUACAUUUUCACAUGGAAUCGCUGUUAUAUGAACUGAAGAAAAUUAAAAAGCAAGAGUAGAAGAAGCUCGUGUCCACAUGCCCGCUAAGGCGUAAACAAUUAAACAAAACAAACUGAUCCAGCUGGAAUACAUAGACAAAAGAACAUUCUACCAUCAUGGUGAUCAUGUCGGAAGUCGGCCCAGGGUCUCAGUCGAGUCCACCACACGGCAGGCCGCUGCAGGUCGGCUUCUAUGAGAUUAUACGGACGCUGGGGAAAGGAAACUUCGCCGUAGUCAAACUGGCCAGGCACAAAGUCACAAAAACACAGGUCGCAAUCAAAAUCAUUGACAAGACGAGACUAAACUCCUCAAACCUGGAGAAGAUCUACAGAGAGGUUCAGAUAAUGAAACUCCUCAACCACCCCCACAUCAUCAAGCUUUAUCAGGUCAUGGAGACCAAAGACAUGCUGUACAUUGUGACGGAGUAUGCAAAGAAUGGAGAGAUGUUCGAUUAUCUGACCUCCAAUGGGAGAAUGAGUGAAGGAGAGGCACGGAAGAAGUUCUGGCAGAUCCUGACAGCCGUUGACUACUGCCACAGGCACCAUAUUGUACACAGGGACCUGAAGACCGAGAACCUUCUGCUGGAUGCCAACAUGAACAUCAAACUGGCAGACUUUGGCUUUGGGAACUUCUACAAUUCGGGUGAGGCGCUGUCUACCUGGUGCGGGAGUCCCCCUUACGCGGCUCCAGAGGUCUUCGAGGGGAAGGAGUACGAAGGGCCGCAGUUGGAUAUUUGGAGUCUCGGGGUGGUGCUGUACGUGCUGGUGUGUGGCUCCCUGCCCUUCGAUGGGGCCAGCCUUCCCGCGCUCCGCCAGAGGGUCACCGAGGGCCGCUUCCGAAUCCCCUUCUUCAUGUCCCAAGACUGCGAGAACCUGAUCCGGAAGAUGCUGGUGGUGGACCCCGCCAAGCGCAUCUCCAUAGCCCAGAUCAAGCAGCACCGCUGGAUGCUGGCCGACCCCUCGGCCCCCCGCCAGGCACUCUCCCUCUCCCUCUCCAUCACCGACUACAACUCCAACCUGGGAGACUACAACGAGCCUGUCCUCAGCAUCAUGCAGACGCUGGGCAUUGACCGGCAGAGGACCAUUGAGUCUCUACAGAACAGCAGCUACAACCAUUUCUCCGCCAUCUACUACCUGCUGCUGGAGAGAGUGAAGGAGCACCGGGGCCACCAGCUGAGCCGGCAGUGUGGGGGCUGGGCCCAGUGGCCCCGGCGCACGUCCGACUCGGCCGUCCCGGAGGUGACCAUGGAGUGCACCGACGGCUUCAGGACCGCCUUUCCCUUCCCAGCUAAGCACUGCGCCCCUGUACAUUCCGAGAUGGAGUGCGAGUCUGGAGCAUUGUUUCAGCGCGUGGUCUUUCCGGUGGAGGCCAGCCUGAACGGGCUGCUGCAGAACCGCUCCAUCUCGCCCAACAGCCUGCUGGAGACCACCAUCAGUGAGGAGGUCCGACCCCACGACCUGGAGGAAGAGGAGGGGCUGCAGGCCGUUUCCCCCCACAGCCUGCAGGGCAACACCUCCCGGCGACACACCCUGGCUGAGGUCUCCGCUCGCUUCCACCAGUGCAGCCCUCCCUGUAUCGUGGUGUCCUCAGUCAGCCCCUCGGAUGGAGCUUCCUCAGACAGCUGCUUGAAGUCCUCAUCCUCCACCGCCAGCCCGGCUUUCUUCACCCCUGGGGAGGCCUUCCUGGCCGCCACAGCGGGUCCUGGCACUCUGGCCCCCGUUGGGACUCCCCUCACCCAGUCCUCCACCCUGCUGCUCCAAGCUCGGGGCAGCCUGCCCGGGGCCAACUUCCAGGAGGGCCGGCGGGCUUCCGACACCUCCCUCACGCAAGGUCUGAAGGCUUUCCGUCAGCAGCUGAGGAAGAACACUCGCACCAAGGGCCUCCUGGGCCUGAACAAGAUCAAAGGGCUGGCCAGGCAGGCGUGCCCCCCGGCCCCCUGCCCCAGGGGCAGCCGUGGCUCCCUGGCUCCGGUACUCUGUGCCCCAUCUGGCCUCCACGCCUCCUCGGGCCCCCGGGAUGGGCGGAGCCUCCUGGAGGAGGUGCUUCACCAGCAGAGGAUGCUUCAGAUGCAGCACCAGCCACAGCCGCAGACACAGACGCAUCAGCCCUCGUCCCCGUCCUCCGGUCUCUUUUCGGCGGCCUCCCUGUUCGCCGAGCCCCCUGCCGGCCCCUCCCUCUUCCUGGCCGAACCCCAGCAGGCCCCGGCCCAAGGCCUGGCCCCGCUCGGCCUGCAGCACACCACCUGGCAGCAUUCGCCUUCAUCCUCCUCCUCCUCCUCUUUCUCCCCGGCCUGCACUCUGUCUACCGUCACCACGGCAGCGCAUCUGCUGGAGGCCCGCCUGCACAUCAGCCCCCAACCCCAGCUCCACCCCCAGCCCCAGCCCCUGCUUCACUUCUCCUUCCUGCCCCACAACCAAAGCAGCUGGGGGGCAGCUGCCAUCCCCGUUAGAGACUCGGACAUGCAGGAGCUGGGCCCCCCCUCCACAGGACAACAGAAACUCAACAGCUGUGUGAUGGUUCGGUAGAAGAGAGAAAGAGUGAGUGAGAGAGAGAGAGAGCGAGAGCUAGUAAAAGAGAAACAAACCCAAAACACACAAAACAGAACUCCUGUUUCAUUCCUAAGGGACUUGCAGUUCCUUCGCUGAGCCUAUUCUUUGCCAGCAGUGGGAAAGACGACAGACAGAAGACGUUGUAUUCAGGCCGGAUUGCCAACAGCAGCACCAGACAAAAACACAAAAAUUUAAGCCUGCGGUGCGGUGUGUCUUGACGGUGUGAAUUCGGCGUUUACGGUAGCUGUGUGAAGUACAAGCUAAGCAAAAAAAAAAAAAACAACAGUGAGAAAUCCUUAAACCGUACGUGUGAACCACAUUCAUGUCUGUGCGUAC